UACAAAAGGACUUCACAAAGACUGAAAGCGGCCAUGGAGCAAAUGGACCGUGGCGUGGUUGACGUCCGCCAGCUGCGCGCCAACCUGCAGUUGGCGGCCGCCAUGUUGGACGCCGUCUACACCGACGAGACCAACAGGCGGCUGCUGGACCCCGAGGACGAGCUGAGCGAGCUGCGGGCAGAGUCCGUGCCCCGGGAGGUCCGCGAUUGGCUGGCCUGCACCUUCAGCCGCAAGAUGGGCGUGGCCAAGCGCCGCCCCGAGGAGAAGCCGCGCUUCCGGAGCAUCGUCCACGCCGUGCAGGCCGGCAUUUUCGUCGAGAGGAUGUAUAGACGGACGUCCAACAUGGCCGGCCUGACGUACCCCCCGGCGGCAAACGCGGCACUCAAGAACGUGGACCAGUGGUCCUUCGACGUCUUUUUGCUUCACGAGGGCACGGGCGAGCACGCCCUCAAGUUCCUGGUGUACGAGCUCCUCACGCGCUACGACCUCAUCAACAGGUUCAGGAUUCCGGUGCCGGCGCUGGUCCAGUUCGUGGAGGCUCUGGAGAGCGGCUACAGCAAACACAAGAAUCCUUACCACAACCUGAUCCACGCCGCCGACGUGACGCAGACGGCGCACUUUCUCAUGCUGCACACGGGAACCAUGCACUGGCUGAACGAACUGGAGAUCCUGGCCAUGGUGUUGGCGGCGGCCAUUCACGACUUUGAGCACACGGGGACCACCAACAACUUCCACAUCCACACCAGGUCAGAGGUGGCCAUCUUGUACAACGACCGGUCGGUGCUGGAGAACCACCACGUGAGCGCCGCCUACAAGCUGCUGGCGGACGACGACACCAACAUCCUGAUCAACCUCAACAAGGACGACUGGAGGGAGCUGCGCGCGCUGGUGAUCGAGAUGGUGAUGUCCACGGACAUGUCGUGUCACUUCCAGCAGAUCAAGAGCAUGAGGAACAUCCCGGCGCAGCCGCACAGCGUGGACAAGGUCAAGCUUCUUUCUCUGAUGCUGCACGCCGCCGACAUCAGCCACCCGGCCAAAAGCUGGCAGCUGCACUACCGCUGGACGCACAGUCUCAUGGAGGAGUUCUUCAGACAGGGGGACAAAGAAGCCGACCUGGGUCUACCUUUUUCUCCUCUGUGCGACCGCAAAGCCACCGUCAUCGCGCAGUCGCAGAUCGGUUUCAUCGACUUUAUCGUGGAGCCCACGUUCAGCGUCCUGGUGGACGUGGCGGAGAAAGUGAUGGCUCCCCUGGUGGAGGAGGAGAGGAAAGGGCGCGAGGCGGGCGACCGCCGCCGCGGCAGCCUGACGGGUAGCGGCUCGGUCACCGUGGAGUCGGUCCAGAGGCGCGGCGACCGCGGGCGGAGCGACUUUUCCCUGGCCGCCGUCGACCUGCCCGCGCUCAGGAAGCACCUGAGUGACGUCAUUACGCGCAACAAGGACAGGUGGAAGGAGCUCUCUGUGGACGAAUUGACCAAUAGGGAGCAAGAAGACCCGGAGGAGGAGGAGUCAAAGAGCAAAAGUCGUAGGGCCGACCAAUCACAGGGCUCGCCCGAUGACGACCGAGAGUCACCUGACAUCCAGACGGAAGAAGACCAUUCCAGAUGGAACGGGGCGGGGCCAGGAGAGGGGGAAGAAGAGGACCAGGAAGUGCCUGAAAACGCCUAG